GUUCCUACUUAGAGGGUACCAGAGGGGCAGUGCAAAGGACUCAGCUCUGGAAAUGAUGGACAGGCAUAUUUGAUCCCUGCAUCCCUGUCAGCUGCUACCAUGAGAUAUGCCCCAGAACUCAAGAAGUCCCCACCGCAUCUGCUGAAGAAGUUUGCAGUGUGUGACAUCCCUCUCUAUGAAAUCUGUGACUACAACAUCAGCAGGGACCGGUGCAAAGACCUCGGGUGCUGUUUCUACAAGGGUGUCUGCUACGAGAAAGCUGUUCCCAUUUAUGUGCAGGUGUUUUCUGCCUUGAUCGUGCUUAUCGCGGGAGUCUUCAUCAUCGCCAUCAUUUACAGGGUCAUACAGGAGUAUAAAAGAGAGACUGAGAUUUCCGUGGAGUCCACACCAUCGGGCAAGACCACCGAGGAGCUUGAGCAACCUUUUUUUCAAGAAACAGAGUCACCCAAGCUUACCCUUCCAAGUGACUCCUCCAAGAAGGAGACUAUGGGGAGCCUAGUAGAAGGACACAGGUUCAUCUUCUCCUUUGUGCCUUCUGUGUUGAGACAGGCUAUGGAAACCUCCUAUUAA